GAGGGUUUUCAUAUUAAAACUAUUUUGAACCAAAUGAGGGGGUUUUCCUCUCAUUCAUGUGCCCCUCAAUCAAGAGCACUCUUGUUUGAAUUUCACCUCACGACUGCGUGGAUCAUUUCUUCUUUGUGCUUGUACUUGUCGUUGCGGUGUCCUAUGUGUAUUCAGGCUCUCCUCGACUAAUUUUAAUAUAAUCUACUUCUACCUUUUGCAGGCUGGCGAGCAUGGUUGUGUUCGCAAAUUGGAUGAGAGUGCUAUGAUCUAGGAUAUUCUCUUUUAUUCUAGGCUGGAUCGGUUUGGAGAAUAAA